AUGGAUGGACAAGGUGGAUAUCCUAUUGGUCAAGAAGGGCAUCCUGGUGGACAAAGUAUACAGAGUGGGUAUCCCGGUGGGCAGAGUGGAUAUCCUGGCGGACAGAGUGGAUACCCCGGUGGGCAGAGUGGAUACCCCGGCGGACAGAGUGGAUACCCCGGCGGACAGAGUGGAUACCCCGGCGGACAGAGUGGAUACCCCGGUGGGCAGAGUGGAUACCCCGGCGGACAGAGUGGAUACCCCCGUGGGCAGAGUGGAUACCCCGGCGGACAGAGUGGAUAUCCCGGCGGACAAAGUGGAUAUCCCGGCGGACAGGGCGUAUAUCCCGGCGGACAGGGCGGAUAUCCGAGUGGGCAGGCUGGACAUCCAGGAGGGCAAGGUGGAUAUUCAGGUAGCCAAGGCGGGUACCCUGGGGCUCAGGGUGGAUUUGGGGAUUACCCUGGCGGUCAAGGGUGCUUAGGAAGUUAUCCUUCUGACUCCACAUGUUACACUGGUCAAUAUGGAGGACAAAAUCAAUAUCCUGGACAUCAGCAACAACCAAGUAUCUUCCUUAUGAUCUUUAUCAUUUAA